AUGUAUCGUUUGGAGGCUGAUCUGCUAGAAGCUAUUCGGAAAAAGACGAAGGUAUCGCAUGCGGAAUGCAUUGAAAACUCGAAAGCAGUGCUGCGUAGCGUUGGAAGAAAUGGUGAUAAUUUGUAUGACUUUUUGGUUCGAUUGAUCUCAAAAUUAUUGGACAAUCCUCCGCCGUCGGGUGUGGACCUGUUCGAAGAAUACUGUCGCCUGGCAAAAGUGGACUUCCUGCUGCCCGAACAUCAUCGUGCGUUUGCUGUUCCAAAUCAGAAGCAAAUAUUGCUAGCAAAGCGCACACUUGACGCUUUGACCCAAAUUGAGUCCGGCAGGAUCGGUUGCCGCCAAGAACCCAAUCCUCUGUUCCUGCAGGAACUCAAUUCAAUGGGCUACACUUUGCCGUAUGGGUUUGAUUAUUUUAUCAGCUCAGAGAUGGACCGGACGGUGCGCAGCGAUGAAAACGUGAAGUCAUCGCAAUUCUGGGGUGUCAUGCGGUCACUAGGUUGCGAUUAUUACGUUCUGGAAUUGGAACACACCGAAAAGCCUAUGGAGGGAACGAUAAACCGAGGCGGCACUGAGCGAAAUUCGGAAAUGAUUUCAGAAAUUAUUAGUGCUUUGAUAGAUGGAUCAACGGCACGGGCCAGCAGGGAAGAUUUGUCAGAAAAGGAGUCGUGUGAUACGGAAGAUUCAGUUGAAAACAUUACCUUAACCACGAUCCUCGACAUUUUGGGCAGGCUCGAGCUGAUUGAUAGUGAAAUAGAGCUAGAACACUGUCGCAAUGACAUUGAUCAUUUGCUUUCGGAGCUAAUCGAUCGCUUGUAUGGGAUCGUUCCGGAAAAGAAAGAAUCCUGGUCCACCCUUGGUGACGGAAGCAUCCUAGACCUACACGACCGUUCUGCAGCAUCUACGGAGACACUCUUGCGUCUUCGACUGGAGCGUCUUCAGCUCGAGGGCCGUUUGAAUAGCCACACGUUUUUGGUAUCGGAAGACCCAAGCACGAGAUCGUGGUACCGGUUGCCAAACGUUACCCUGGAGCAACUUGAAGGCACGGACUGUAUGAGACGAUUUCUGACAGGAAAUCUUAAAGCCACUGUCCGUGGGAAAAUGGAUUUGUUCUGGGGUUUAGAAGAAAAUUGGUUGCGGGUUCUGAUCGCAAAAAUAUCAGCGCAUCGAGACAGGAAUAUCGAGGGGUCAGAAACAAACCUUGCGCUCGUAGAGAACCUGUGUGGAACGUUUGGACCGAAGAUCGGCUACGACCACGAAUUGGUGCAGGAUCAUGCUGAACGGUGGCACGAGCGGAGCGAGCUGGGGAUGCAAUACUGGGCAUCGAAGAAGUGGCCUGGACUUUGUGCAUUCAAUACUGGACUGCAUUUUCGCUGUUGCUACUUUGGAUGGGGUUUGGAGAACCAAAAACACUGGCACAAUUCAGUCGUGCGUGUCCCUUCGAUCAUGAAAGAGUACGAUACCAGACCACGUGUGACCCCAACGUGA